AGCUCCAAUAGAGCAAGUAGAGCCGCUCUUGUGCAACCAACACCACCACCUCCUCCUCCAUUGAUUCACAGACUUCAAAUUCCCCCACAAGCAGCCCAUCAGCUUCCACUGUGAUCACAUUAAUAACAACAAUAGCCCGUGAUCACACAGGAGGAGAGAACCAGCGCUGCUCGUCCUCCGCGGGAUACUUGGAUAGCUACAGCAACAGGAUCCAUCCCUUGCUCCUCUCUCCUUUUUUUUCCACGCCUGAUCCACACCUGUGUUCACCUACUUUGAGAACACCCGUUUUCUUUUUUGCUCUUUGGAUACCUGCGCGUUGUCCUUUUUAUAAAUGUCGGACUGAAUCUAACUGCUAUGACAGGGAAACUAGCGGAGAAGCUCCCUCUUACCAUGAGCAGUUUAAUAAACACGAUCCCUGACAGUCUCUACCCAGAAGAGGACAUCCCGACGUCUAUGAAUAUUUUCACCAGUACGGAAUCUAUUAACCACUACUCACAGAUGAACACAGGUAAGAUCUGACUUUACUUUUUCUACUGUGGGGGAAAGUGUGUGUUUUCAUUAAAGUCCUUGAAAGUACGGGGUGCGUGAAGGCAACAGUUGUCUUGGGGCAUGGAGCACCUGUUUGCGCUCUGGCUGUUGCGCACAAAGCCAGGUUCCCGUGCUGUGUACUUUUUCGGAGUCAGGUGUACGACCACCAUGUAUGGAUCAGAUCUACUUUUGAAAUGAUCAUGUUUUGGUCAGAUAUGUGAUUAAUAUCUUCGAUGGGUAUUUAUAAGACUUGUCCGUUCACCCGACGAGACAGAUUUCUUAGCGCUGCUGUAGAAAAAAGACAAUUGACCUCCUGUCAAAACUUUACAAAAUAAACUAUCCAUUGAUUUUUUAAUAUUUAUAUAAAAACGCUUUAUUUUUAGCUGCUUCAUAUCUUUAAUCCUGAUCCGUGUUUGAGGAAAUGUGAACGGCUGAGGGAAAAAAGGGCAAUUUUACGCACUAAAAACGCGCUCGGCUCUGACUGAAACCGAAAUCUGUAGGUUCUGAGAAAAUGUGUGUAUUUAAAGUGGUCAAACCACAAACUCCAGAGAUUAAUUCUUCUUUAUCCACCCGCAAAGAUGGGCCAACUACUUUAGACAAUGACUUUCAUUCACAACUCUUAACAUGUCACAGAUUGGAUUUCAGUAGGCGUGUGCGGCUGCUUUUCCCUUUAUACACAUUUAGACGCCAGGCCCCUGAAACAUCCUAUAUACCGAGGCCGUUAUAUGGAUUGAUUUGCACACAUUUCUGGCAAAUCCAGGCGCCUGCAUAAAGAUGACUUUUGUUGUUUCGGCUCAGUCUUGGCAUUAAAUCAAUCACUAAUUGUCCGGGCUCACCUUCUGAGGUGAUGGGUCAAUGAUGCGCGAGAUAUUCUAAAUCUUUAGUUUCCCGAGGUGGUGAAGGACGUGAACGUGUGGUGCUUUCCUCAUAUUAACAUUCCCCUCGAAGGAAUUUUAGUGUUUUUUUACCCAAAAUGAAACAAUUGAAAUUUAACUCGAAAUACAUCCCAUUUUUAACCGCAGACACGUGCGUAAAAUAAUUUUCCCUGCGCUUUAUUUUUUCCCUGAAUUAAAAAUAAGUCCCUCACAAAGAUGGCAUGUGUAACAUUUUUUUUCUACAAAGACGGCAAUAAAAUGUGUUUGGUGUGACCUCCUUUGGGAGACAUUUAAAUUAACCAAAGCAAGUUUUAAAGAAAAAACGAUUUUGCAGAGUGCAGUUGUGUGUUGCAGUUUUAAAUAUGUCUGAUAAUGAUGAAAUUUAAAUUAUCAACAUAGAAAUGUAGACAAAUGUAACCAUGGCAUGUGUGCUAUUUUUAGUUCAAAUCACAAAAAUAUAUAUAUUUUUAGCUCCAGGUGUACAAGGUGUGUGUUUGGCUUCUCUGUGCUGACCUGUAAAAAAAAAAGUGUUGACUCCAUUUCAUGCCCUUCACUUCUUUUAAGCUCAAAUUAACUCAAAAGACUUAAACAUUGGAGUAAAAGAACAUUGAAGGUUUCUCUUCUCAAUGUCAUACAUGUUUUUUAAAAAAUAAAAAAAUCACGCCACAGGUCUCACGGUUCCAGUGUACGUCAUGUGUUGAGAGGUACUGUGCAUUAUAUGUAAUUUGCUUUUGUUUGUUUCAUUACCAUUUGCCUUCAGCCAAAUUCCAGCAGGCUGUAAUUACUGGGAGUGAGUAUAUAAGCACCCCUGUGUAUGAUUUGCUACAAAUGAAAAGAGACGUCUGUUUAAAGUUCUGUUUAAGGAGGAAUUCUUUUCAAAUGUCUCAACCAUAUCUCAGAGCAUGAUCAGCGCAUAAAUGUAUACCCAUUAAGCGUUUGAUAGUUUUUAUGGCAUCUUUGGAAUAAGUUAAUACGUGAGUGUGUGUGUGUGUGCGAGUGUGAGGGAGUGUGUAUUCAGUGUGAAGUGUAACAUUCUGUACAAUUAAAAUAUCAAGGAAAUUUGUGCAAACAGCGUUAAGCUCACUAAUGCAGCUAUUGGAGAGGAAACAUAUGAAAUUUUACCCCAUUAUGUGCAGAUGUUCUUUGCAGCAAAUGUGUUUUGAAUCCUUGAGCGUGAUAGAUGUGGCGUCUGCCUUAUAAUCCUCCUCGCUGUAAAGAAAUCAGAUCUUGCCAUUCAGUUUGGCUGUCCUCCUGAGGGACACAAUGACUGGAUCAAAGGGGGUGUUUAGGUCUUGAUUUAUGAGGGCUUGUGGGAUCUGAGAGAGAGAGAGACACCACUGUCUCACAUGCAGCAGUCACUCACUUAACUUACAGGUCUGACAGCGCUCACAUUUCUUCAUGAACUCCACUGGACUUCUUUUAUUUUUUAAGCUUUUGUUGUCAAACUAUUGCAGAGGCAUGCAGGGAAACUGAAUUUUGGACAAACCAAGGACUGUCACUUCAAGUUCAAACAGCUUGACAAAGUGAAUUUUCUUGACUUUUUGUGCAACAUUUUCUCUUUUUAGAUGAUUCUCCUUCUUAGGUAUUGCAUUUGGAUUUUUUUGUUUACAAUGAAUUUUUGGUGACAUCUGUUUAUCUUUGCUUCUGUCUAGAUAAUAUCAUGGAUCUGGGCAUGGGGAGUGAGAAGACAUCAGCAGAGAUUCAGUAUGGGUCCAGCUUCCAGUCCAACCGCAGCGGGCAGACUGUCACCUAUCUGGGGAAGUUUGCCUUUGACACUCCUCCGUCAGGUGGCAUCGGCGGCUCCGGCUGGUGUUCUGACAACAACAUCAUCAGUCUUGUCAGUGCGGGGAUCCUGGGUGUUUCUCCAUCACCAGGCACGGUAACUACGCAAACAUCAUCCUCCGCAGCCAGCAUGGGUGGACAGACGUCAGACAUGGAGCAGGUAUACGGUCCCCCGCUGCCUGCAUACUCCACCUGCAGCGACCUUUACCAGGACCAAGUCUCCUUCCACCACAGCCCGGCCACCAGCACGGCGCUCGCCUACCCCGGCAAUGACUAUCACUCCACAUCCAAAGCCCCCAUGGAUGGCAGCCUUUUCUCCAUGAUCCCUGAUUACAACCUUUUCCACCAUCAGGGGGAGGUCGGUGUGAUGGAACACAAGCCUUUCCAGACAAUGGACCCCAUUCGAGUUAACCCUCCACCCAUCACACCCCUGGAGACUAUCAGGGCGUUCAAAGACAAGCAGCAGAUUCACCCAGGUUUCAUCGGCGGGCAGCAGCACCCUCCUCAGCACCACCCACCGCCACAGACUCUUACCCUUAAACCUAUUAGACCAAGGAAGUACCCAAACCGUCCCAGCAAAACCCCUGUCCAUGAACGUCCGCACGCCUGUCCUGCAGAGAACUGUGACAGACGCUUCUCACGGUCAGACGAGCUCACACGUCACCUCCGCAUCCACACAGGUCAUAAACCCUUCCAGUGCAGAAUAUGCAUGCGCUCCUUCAGCCGGAGUGACCACCUGACCACACACAUCCGCACACACACGGGAGAGAAACCCUUCUCCUGUGAGUUCUGUGGACGGAAAUUUGCCAGAAGUGACGAGAGAAAGAGACACGCAAAGGUUCACCUGAAACAGAAGGACAAGAAGCCGGCUGACAAGAACAGUGGGGCUGCUGGGAGCCACAGCUCGCCACCCAGUUCCUGUGGGGGUCCAACAGUGGGGACAUCAUGACCAUCACUAGAUGUACAUGGACUGGACUCUCACCAUGCCCCACAGAGAGACAAAGGAAGACAGGACCACAUCCACUAUGAGACAAAUAGGUGACUCUUUUCCUCUCUUUUGCAUCGCCUGCUCUUUUCAGUUCCUUCUGUUUUGAGAUGGAUGCCUUCAGUUUAAGAACGAGGGGGAAGUAACUCACAGCCUCAGCUACUGUAACACAGUGCCAACACAGAGAAGGCACCAUGGCACAUUCCGUCCAAAAGGCCACUGUGUAUCUGUAGGUUUUGGUGUGGAUACACUCAUGUAAAUUUUAUUAAAAAAUUUUAAAUUGGAAGGAAGCCAGAAUCCAUCAAAGGGAAAAUCAGACAAGAACAGAAAAAAUUACAACGGAGCUUAGUUAUGGGGUGAGUUGUCUGAGAGGUAUGCAUUAAUUUUAUUAGGCUGUUUAAAAGUGCAAUUGGUUAUUUUUGUGUACUGUCAUGGAUACCUUAUUAGUGGCACUUAACUGUCUUUUUGUUGUUGUUUUUUUGUUGAGGUGUUGUGUUUUUAUUUUAUAUUUGAAUGUUCUUUUUCUAAAGAAUGUGCCAAAUGUACCGUGGUAAUACAGCCAACCUUGUUCUUAUUAUUGUGCCUGACAUUUGCCAAACAUAGCAGUGAUUUCAGCUUAGCACACAUGUUGAGUUCAAGCACGCAUCAGAUCUCGGAUCUUAUAUUUUUCUGCACAAUUUGGUUAAACCUAUACAAUGACUGAAUGGGUUACACAAAGCACACCGGUGUCUCGUCCUGUAACCUGUACUGAUAAGACAAACAUGCCUGCAGCAACCAAUGCCUUUGCCAAUACUUAUUUAUUUGUAGUCACUGAAAGACACUGUGUAUUUUUGUUGCCUUUUUACGGUGGUUUUAUGUGAUGUUACCAGAUAUAAUUUCUGUUGCUUUUUCUGAAAGCUCACCAAUACUUUUCAUGUUGUAUUUUCUUGAGUUCUGCAAUUAUAUGCAAUAUAUUCAUGACACAUUCCACCAACCUGUAAAUCAAAUUAACUAAAAGCACAGUUAGACUGACUGAACUGCUUCAAUUUAUGACACUGGGUAACAAACCAGCAGAAUAUGAAAGAAAAGAUAAACAAGGAGUCUGAGUGUAAAAAGACUAAACUACUUGGUUCAAGCCACCAAAAAAAAAAAAAAGAAAAAAAAAAAGAGCAGCAUAUUGUAAGAGGGAAAAAUGAAAAAGUCCAAAUCCAUGUUUACAUCCUUUUUUAACAGAGUAAGACUGAAACUGAGUUGUAAACUAAGAAGUUGUUGUUUUUGUACAGUAUACAAACAUGUAUGCAGGUAGCUCCAGUAGAAGUUUCACUUUUGUACUCGACUGUCAAAUGCACCAUAACUCAGUAUUAAAAUGUGCAUAUAUGUGCAUGCUUUCAUGCACACUAUGUAAAUACAAAUGUCUGCAUAAACAAGAACUUUCAAUUGACUGAAUGCUUGUGCGGAAUGUGUCCUAAGGCUUUUAGUAAUGUAGUUAUAAAACAGAAUAUUAUGUUGUCACAGGUCAUUGCAAAAAUAUUUGGAGCACUACAAUAGUGCCUAACAGGGUGUAUUAUCUUUCGUAAUACAAAAAAAGAAAAAAAAUGGCAUUUGCACCAUGUGUAUGCUAUAAAGUGGUAAAGGAAGCACUAAUAUGUUCUCCGAAUGAAAAACAAGAUCUUUAACAUAUUCUGUUCCUCCAUUAGAGUCACAAUCAAGAUAUUUUCAAUGAAUAUAAAUUGUACAGAAAACAUUGAUUAACCUGGGACAGACAGGGGGCUAGAUGGUUGAACCCUUGUAUGAAUUUUUGGAACAAAGUACACGCAAUGCCAGUACUUUUCACACAUGGUUCCUUAGCGGUCUCUGUCCUGACUGAAGGAAAAAGCUCUACCUUUCUGGGAAGCAGAUACUACAACAAUUGUAACUAAUACUCAGUGAUAACGCAUGAGAAAAAAAACUAACUGCUGCCCACUUAUUGCUUAUUUUUAGAUAGUAUUUUAUUAUGGCGUCACAAUGUAAAGCUGACCUGACCUACAAAAUAAAUCCAUAUACAUUUGUGGAUAGUACUAAGGUAUUUUCAUUGAUCAUACUUGAUUUAUUACACUAUUGGUAAGAAAUGAAUGAAAAUUACAUAUUUUCCAAACUGCUGAAUAACUAAAUUGUUGGUUCCUCAAACUCAUGAGGUUUUUUUCUUCCGUCAAGCCAAAAAUAUGGGCCAUAUGUUGAAAAUAUUGGUGAUGCUUCAAGAAAAAAACAAACAAACAAAAAAAAUUUUUUUUUCCUUUCGUGUUAACGCAAUAUUUGGGGUGUAGAUACCCUCUCCACUCACUGAGAAAAUUUGUGAUCUUGUGCUUCAUUUUUAUAGCUUAAAUAGAAGAUAGACUCCCAAUUGCAACAGCAACAUUCUCCCACCAACUAUUUUGACAAUAUUUCUGGUUAAUAGUUGUGCUCUCUGAUUAUCAAAGAGUGUAGGCUGUAUGCCAGAAUUCAUUUCAACAUUGUUUCUAACUAAAAAAAAAACCCAGCUUUGCACUGGUCAGUAGACACAGCAGCAAUCAGGCUUUAAGAGAGUAUCCACAGACAACUGCAAAGGCCAAAAGACAUGCUGUGGAAAGCAGUGCCACUGAGAACAGUGCAUACAGAAAUGAGCUUCCAAGGCCAUGCUUUUCCUCUCCUGUUACACCAGUUUCACUGCUCAGCUUCCUGGCAAGUGUCCACUUAUUUUCCAAUUAAUGUGGCCUCAGAGAGGCUUUUCACAGCUCAUCUACAUGUAAAUGAAAGACCUCCUUGCACUUUUUCACAUAGUUUCAAAGUUCACUCCCCUCAACACCCUACUGCAAAUCAAUACUUAGUUUAAAAACUGCAUUAUUUCAUUGUAAGGAUGGUCAUCUACUGAUGUAACAUUUCUGAGCUUUUCACUAUCAAAUGUAUCUAAGAUAAUACAUUUUUACACAAAACGAUAAUCUCAGUCUCUUACUAUGUUACACAGCUUCCCAAUGAAAUUGAAAAUUGUAUUGAAUUUGCCAGAUUAGAUAAUGCAGUAAAUAAUAACCUCUAAUGUAAACAUCAUGUAGCACAUAGCCUCAUGGAGUCAGCACUUAAUAUAUAGUAAAUGAGGUAAUAGGUAAUACAUUUUUAUCUGUAAUGUUUACUAAGAAUAAUUUGAUGUUAGUCCUUAUAUUUUCUGAAUAGUUCUUAAUUUAUUCGACCAAAUAUUAUGCUUUUUUUUUGUGCUCUCAUUUUAACAUUUUGCCGGUGAGAUUGGAUGUUUGUAACUAUGGUAAAUAGAAUGUGGCCUCCUCUUAGAGAAAACUGUGUUUAUGUUGCUAUGUGUUAAAGAACGAUGCAGAGUCAGGCGGGAACUACACCAAACUAUUUCCACAUCUAAAUCAAGCCAUGUAAUUACAACUUUGCAAACCCAGCAUUUCAUUAGUCGCAUCAUCUUAGUGUGUUUGUCACUUUUGAUGACACUUUUGUAACUGACAGAUUGAUUUUGUAAAAUUUAUAUGAUCUCUUCUCCUCAAUAUACUCUGGUGAUUGAACAAGAAUACAGGAUGCACCAUGUUCUUCUGCACAAUAAUCCUUGUGUGUAAUGUGUGAAUGUUAAAGAUAUGUGUCAAUGUUAAACAAGCUCAGAAACAGCCCCCUCUUGAUUGUGCUUCUCCAAGGAUAAUUUAUGUACUUUUUUUUUCCUUCUACGUUUUAUUGUCCAUAAGUGGGCGGCUGAACACUCUGAAAUUGGAAUUUGCCUCAUCCUUGUUCUGUGCUCCAUGUUGGAACAGAGCCAACAUCAGCAGCCAUCUUUGUGCCAAACUGGGUUGCAGGGUUGACUAAUCAAAAACAAUAUAUGAUGAGAUCUCCACAAAGCAACAAAUUAUAAAUGUGACCUCAGUCCACUUGCAGCUGAAGGCAGCCUUGUGCUAAUGUAUGUGUUUAACUGUUCGAUUUAGUGUCCGGUAAGUUAGCCUUGGGUAAGGCAAAAGGCUUGGCCUCUUUCAUUACAAUUAACAAAUAAAACUUCUUUUUUUUUUUUUUUUUUAAAGAAAACACCUCACAUUCAAAGAGAUUACAAUGUGUAGAUAUAAUAGGCUACUCCUGUCAUGAUAAGGACUACAGGGUGGCUUCAGGGAUUUUGUGGUCUUCAGCAGUGACACUAUAGUGUUCAGAUGGAGUCAAUACUCACUGUUUUCUGUUGUGUUGUGUUUCCUUUUCAUUGCAGUAUAUCCUCAUGUUUGCAUGUGCACGGAAAUGUUCCAAAGUGCUGCCCUCAGACGCUGUGGGUGGUGCUCAUUUCUUUAUUAUGCAUGAAAAUAAAAGUCACAAUGGUUGAAAUGGGAUAAACCUGACAACAAUUCAAGAAAGACAAUUGAUUUUUUAUCUUUGAGAAAACAAGGGGUCUUGUUUAAAAAUGUUGUGGAUGUCUUUACUAUUUCAUGUUUCUAUUACCUUAUAAUAAGGUCCUUUUAUGAUGAGCUGAAUAUUAAAAUGAAUUUUACUAUAUCCUUGUGAUGGGGAGACGUGUUCUCCCGUUUACUUGGCACUUCAGUUUGUUGUAAUGCAAUGUUUUGUUAUUUCUAUGUAAGUACUUGAAUAAAGAAAAAUAUCACUUGCC